UUUCCGUUAACCAGCUAUCUACUCUCAUGAGCAUUCUUAGUGAAGAAACUGUAGAAAAUCAAACACUUGAAUAUCUAGUUUCGCAACUUCAUCAAUUUUUCAAACGAGAAGAUAAUUUUAAAGUUGGCUGUACUUUACUUAUGCUGAUUCAACAUUCUGAUUUCUUACUCAAUCAAACACAAAAAUUUGCUGCUAUAAUAUUAUGUUAUGAACUAUACCGAAAUGAACCAAUUGCAAGUAAUCCUUUAGCACCUAUUUUUAUGCAUCUCUUGGUAAGCUAUAAUUUUAAUUACAAUAUAUAAAUAUUAAUGUUGACU